CGCAGAAAAGGGUUGACAAGAGAAAACAGAAAAUGGGUCGUGGAAGAAUUUCUAUGGAACUGAUUCAGAAGGAAAAGGCUCGCAAGACAACAUUUCAAAAGAGAAAGAGCGGAUUAAUGAAGAAAGUUUAUGAGUUUUCCACUCUUUGCGGGGUUGAUGUUUGCGUAAUUAUCUAUGCUCCUAUGUUUGAUGGUCAAGGACUAGCUGAACCUGAAACAUGGCCCCAAGACACCAAAGAAGUACAUCGCAUCAUUCAAAAAUAUCAUAACACGACUAGUGAUAGACGUCCUAAGAUGUAUGAUGUGCAAGAGUAUUACAAGGAUAGGAUGAAAAAGGUUGAAUCUGAGAUUUCCAAAGUGUGCAAAGAGAAGCUCAAGAUCAUGUACCCAACCUGGGAUGAAUCUUUCAAUGCUCUUGGCGAGGAACAGCUGAGGAUGUUUGUUAGUAUGCUGGAUGUUAAGCUUGAUGCUUGUAAUCAAAGGAUGAAUAUGCUAGAAGGAGAUCUAAAGGGAAAAGCAAUAGCAGAAUCAGACAAGGUUGAGACACUUGUUCCCUACUUGGCCUCAAGUCCAAGUAGCCAUCUCAAUCUCAUGCAGAACACGUCUCAAGCGCAAAAUUUCCCUCUCCCUGUGAAAUCAAUUAGCGACAACAAUCACCUAGCAUUAUACCCAUUUCAGCUUAGCCAAAGUUCUCAAUCUUCCAUGCUUCAUUUUGGACAAAAUUGUAUGCAAUUAAUGGGAAAAAAUGAAAUGGUGGAUUGGGCUGAUCAAGUUGGUGCUGUUACUUAUGAUCCCAAAACCGGUAUGCUAAAGGAGAAUGGAGCUGCAAACAAUCAAAACUCCUUACCAUGCUAUUACAAUGGAAAUGUACAAACAAUGCAGCCAUAUACUAUUGCUUUGCAGACUCUUCCUUCUCACUCGCAGUAUGAAGCACCUUUCCAAAUCCCAUCAGAUCCACCACCAGGGUUUCAACUUAAUGGACUUUACGAUUCAAAUAUGCUUCAAGCUCAAAUGUUCACCUACAUGCAUGGAGGGAAGUAAGCCAUAAUACUUCAAACAUAUAUGCCUCUUCUUAUAGGAUUGUGGAACUUAUUGGUUAGGUUUUCAAUUUUCUUCGACUUAAUUGGCAUUGGCUAAUGCUUAAUGAAUUGUUGAAUUUCUUUUCUGGGCUUUUAAUGUGGACUCACAUUUUAUGCAAUGGUCCUAUCAACUUGG